CAGAUGGAGGUGGACAUACAUACAGCCUUAAACAGAGAGGUUUCUCGGAAGAAGAUUACUUUUCAGCUGCUUUUUUGAAAACUUUUUGAAAUAUUAUUAAGUCAUUGUGUUUAUUACACUGGACCAACGGGAGCUCAAAGUGAGACCAGCAGGACACCCGGAGAGACUUCUAGACCCAUUACAGGUUAAUAGAUGAGGAGGUUUACAGCUGCCCUUUGACAAGGAAAUGAUGAAAUAAGCAGGCUGAUUUGAAAUGAGAGUGGAAGAGAUAGUGGAACGGUCAGUUCGGCGUGGGAGAUUUAAGGGGAGCUUUCGGAAGACGCUGCCUGAGAAUGGUUCCUGAAGAGUCGCUGCACCUGAAAGACACGAUGUCAGACACUCCUCCAUCCUCCCCUCAUCCCAACAGCUGCUUUCCUGCUCCUUCUCCAUGCUCUACUCUCCCAUCUCCACCCAUCUCUCCUGCAAGGUCAGGGGUGGUGACCUUUCGCUCUCCUGCCACACGCCACCUCGCCCACCUGGAUGCCUGGAGGAGGCACAGCUGGGAGCCGGGUGCAGCUGUGCAGGGCAACCCCAACAACGACACGCGCAGUGUUAGUUUGGAAGAUCUGGACAUGGAGGAGAUGGCGCUGGUUCUGGGUGGAGCUCUGGGCUGCUGCAGAGCUCGAGACACACGUAGGUCUGUCACCUGUGAGGGCUCUUUGUCCUCUCUUACUGAGGAGGAAGCUGGGAUUGAGACACAGCCACAGAUCUGCUCAACCCUGGAGGACCAGGCAGGUCAGAUGUAUAGCUGCAGCGUCUCGGCUCCAAGCCUCUGUGUGGUCAGACGUACUCCGAAAUCUCCUGCUCCUCGUCCACGCUCGUACUGCCAUGAUAAUAAUAAUACGGAAAGUGUCUUGUACUUCCACGGCAGAGGUUCAACUCAAAGUUUAGACCGUGAGCUGUCCUCACUUCGCUGGGAGAAAAAAGGAGAACGGGACGAAGACAAAGAGGAGGCUCCGGGCAACGCUUUCGUCCGAACAUUUAGCUUCCUGUGCAAGAUGACCAGUCGGAAGAAUAAGGAGAAAGAGCGGAUGCGGGAGAGAGAAAGAGAGGCGCGAGAGAGGGAGGCGCGCUACACAAAUGGUCAUCUCUUUACCUCUCUCACCGUGAGCGGCACCACACUCUGCUCCGCCUGCAACAAGAGCAUCACAGCCAAGGAGGCUCUUAGCUGCCCCACGUGCAAUGUCACCAUCCACAACCGAUGCCGAGAUUCCCUGCCCAACUGUGUGAAAAUGAAACAGCGGCAACAGAAGCUGGCACUGAUGCGGAACAGCUCAUCCUACAGCGGAACAGUGACGCUGCGGAACAAGACACAUUUGAAAGAGCGUCCAAGCUCAGCCAUCUACCCCUCCGACAGCUUGCGUCAAUCACUGCUUGGUUCCCGUCGCGGACGCUCUUCCCUCCUGCUGUCCAAAAGCGUAUCUACUAAUAACAUCGCAGGGACACUGAGUGAUGACUCUCCCCUGGGGCUGCGCAGGAUCUUGUCUCAAUCCACAGACUCUCUAAACUUCAGGAGCAGAACCAUGUCUAUGGAAUCACUCAACGACGAGGGUGAGAUAUACUAUGCCUCAGUGCUGGAGGAGCUAGAAAUCGAGGGGCGGGACUUCGAGGCGGACUCUUGGAGCAUGGUGGUUGACUCCGCCUACCUACAGACUCACCGCAAAGAUAUCAUCAAGAGACAGGAUGUCAUCUACGAGCUGAUCCAGACAGAGCUGCAUCAUGUCCGCACACUGCGCAUCAUGGACGGGGUUUUCCGACGAGGCAUGCUGGACGAGGUGCAGCUGGAGCCGGGUGUCGUCCACGCGCUUUUCCCCUGCCUGGAGAAACUUCUUAUGAUACACACUCGCUUCCUCACACAGCUGCUGAACCGUCGACAGCACUGCCUACAGCCUGACAGCACACACAAUUUUACUAUCAGCCGCAUCAGUGACCUCCUUCUGCAGCAGUUCUCAGGUCAGUGUGCUGAUGAGAUGAAGAAGACCUAUGCGGAAUUCUGCAGCGGUCACUUAAAAGCUGUAAAACUCUAUAAAGAGCUGCUGGCUAGAGACAAGAGACUGCAGUACUUCAUACGGAGGGUGAGUCGGGGUCCUCUGUUGCGUCGUCACGGUUUCCAGGAGUGCAUCUUGCUGGUCACUCAGCGCAUCACUAAGUAUCCUGUACUGGUGCAGCGUAUCCUCGACAAUACCAAGGACAAUCCCGACGAGGAGGCGGGUUUAAAACAGGCUCUGGCGCUACUGAGAGAUCUGUUGAACGGUGUGGAGCAGCAGGUCCUGGAGCUGGAGCGAACGCAGCGGCUGCAGGAGAUCCGCUCCAGACUGGACCCACGCUCUCAGGCCAAACUGCGUUCGGACGCCAUGUUCAGACCUGCUGAGCUACUGCGCAGACAGCUCAUCCACGAAGGGACACUGCUGUGGAAAACACCCAGCUCCAGGCUUAAAGAUGUUCAAGUUCUCCUCAUGACUGAUAUACUAGUGUUCCUGCAGGAGAAAGAUCAGAGAUUCAUCUUUGCCAGUUUGGAUAAAUCUGCAGUAGUUUCACUACAGAACCUGUUGGUCAGGGAUAUAGCCAAUCAGGAGCGAGGGUUGUUCCUCAUCAGCAGUGAGUUCAGCCCUCCGGAGAUGUACGAACUGCACGCCGCUUCCAAAGAUGACCGGAACACCUGGUUACGGCAUAUACAGCAAGCUGUCAGCAGAUGUCCAUCUAGAGAAGAAUUUCCACUAAUUGAGACAGAGGACAAGGCCCUGUUGCGAAGACUUAAAGCUGAUAUUCAGCAGAAGGACAGGGAAGUGCUGGAGCUGCUGCAAGAGCGUGUGACUCUGUUCUCCGAUCUGGUUGAGGUCAUGGCUGGACAAGAGGUGGUGCUGCCACCUAACUCCAGGAACCUGUUCAGAGCUGACACACCUCAGGCACCUCGAGGAGAACAGCUACUCACACAAGCCAUUACUGAGGUGGACAGACUGACUGAGUUGUUGUUAGGCUCUAGUUUUGACAUCCCCUUGGCCUGCACUUCCAACGGUCACCACAGCUACACAGGGGCGCUAAUGAUAAAUGGACAGGAGGUGUUGGUCAAUGGUUCACAGGAAACAGCAGGUUCUCAGGAUGGAAAUGGGAAUCGGUUAGAGGACAAGACUCCAAGCGAGGAAGUUUCUCAGCGGCUGGUGAAUCUCAGCGCUCAGCUCCAUGCCCUGCAGGGGGCAGUGAUUCGGCAAGACUCCAUCGUAGAGUUGUGCGUGCGUGAGGACGGGACGUCUCUGUGCCGCUCGAGACGGUCUCUGUCACGUGACGGAACCAGUGAAGUGGGGACGGUGGGAGAACUGGCACUGCUUCAGCGCCAACAUAGCCUCCUGCAGGAGGAGCUCAUACGCCUCAGGGGAGCUGAGGGGAAACUCAAAGACAGUGAGAAGGCGAGGGUGCAGCUGGAAAGACAACUGCGAGACUUGAAAUCCAACAGCGCCGCCCUGGGGGAAAGCACAGGAAAUUCCCAGACUCAUCGCAAAGUGAGUGAAACUGACCCAAAUGCUGACACCCCACUGGCCAGUCAGGCAUCCAUGGAGCAGACCGAUGCUCAGCAGGACUGCAGUGACAUCGACGUAGAUGUGAUCUCAGACGACGACGACGACGACGACGACGAUGAAGACUUGAAGGUUUCCCCUCGUUCUGAGAGCCCUAGAGAUCUGCAAGACAUUCCCGAGGAGAGUGAGUCAUCUGCAGAAGCCCGAGAACACGCAACACAGUGCUAAUUGUCCUCUGCUGCCCAGAAUAUAGAACUUGACCCUAGAAUAGCUAAAUGGGACAGUCGCUAAUCUGCUUGAAGCACAAGUCUCUGUGAGCAAGUCUUCCUCUGAACUUCAAGGGAAGAUCAUACAGUGAUCCAUAUUAUUUUAACCAUCUGCUUACCUUCUUUCACAACCUUUUGUGACAUAUUACUUGACAUAACGUUCUUUUUUUUCUUUUUUUUCCUUCAGUCGUUUUGAUAUCAGUGGACCAAUAAGCGAAUGCCAAAGCAGCUUGAUUGUCUGCAAAAUAACCGGACUUUGUGAUAUUGCAUGAAAAUGUAGGUGUUACGUGAACACAUGAUUAUAACCAAACUUCAGGAUUUACUUGCUAAAGACACAAAGAUACUGUAAGAUGACACAAAAUAUCCAUCCAAGCCAGUUUUAAUUCAUCAAUAGUGAAACAGUCUUGUGUUUUUCGACAACUCCAAGAUUACUUUUUUCCUCUUUAUUUGUAAUUUAUUUAUUCUUCUUUUGCUGACAGAAAUGUUUCUUUGAUUAAAAUAAAUAAAUAAAUUGAAAGCACAUGCUCUGAAAGCCAUAUCCUGGACGAACGAAAACCUUCUGUACAAGUAGAAAUGUAUUUCUUACACUGAGUUUACGUAAGCAUGAGUACUUUCAUUCGAUUUCUAUAUUUUGCUGUAAUUUUGUUUCGAGUUCACUGAACACGAUUGGCUGAAACCCAGCUAGAGGUGUUUUACUGUUUGGUUUCUACCUAUUACAGAAUUGUUGAUUAUUUCCAGAUCGGUUGCCGAUUUCUUUCGUUGUACAUCUAUGUUUUUGUUUUUAAUUGUAAAAGUGCCAUAAUAGCUGGUCGUCUGUACGGGUGAGGUGUCUUAAAUUCGGAUUUUUCAGGAAACAAAAUGCAGAAAUUAUCGUAUGCUUUAUAAAGUUUCUGUUGACUUACGACCGAAAGAACUUGUACGGAAAAAUGACGAAAUACUUUACCGAAAUGCUUUACUACGAUUAUAACCGAAGACUUUUUGUUAUGGAUCUGAGAAUUAAAGUGGACUCAAAUAGUGAUGGAUAAAUACACCAACAGAAUGUUUCCGGAUAAUAUUCCUUUAAUUGCUCUGACUGGAAUUGUUGUUUCAGCACUGAACAAAGGUGAAGGUCAAACUACUACUGGAACUUCAUGGAAAUAGAGUAUCUCUGUAUCUCUGGAUACUAGCAUUCUGUAGUAGCUUACAGAUUACAAUUGUUAGUAGACCGCUACUUCAAAUACCCAGAUGAUUUAAAUAUUCACGUGCCGGUCACCGGCAGCUCUGCUGGACGCUGGGUGAAGUAGUGAAGUCCAUUUGUUGAAAUCUAGAUCUUUCCUUUUAAUCCGCAGUAUAAUGUCAGCCAAGAGAUUAUUAAUAUGUCAUGACAUGGCGAAGCUUGUUCACACACACACACACACACACACACACACACACUCUAUGUAU